GUUGAGAUUUAGACUAUAAAACUAGGUUAAUUAACCUCUUUUCAUUAUGUCAAUACACACUAUCACGUAAACUAUUCAUCAACUAAUUAUUCCCUAUUGACAAAUAUGGAGCUCUCUCUCCAAAUAUUAACACCUCUUUCUCUAUUCACAUCUUUACUAGUGGUUUUUCUCUACUACGUUUACACUCUACUCAGAUUUAAGACACAAAAAAAGAGCCCAACAACUAAACAUCAUGAGGCCCCAGAGCCAUCCGGAGCAUGGCCAAUCAUAGGCCACCUUCACCUUCUCGGUGGGGAGGACCAACUUCUCUACCGAACCCUUGGUGCCAUGGCCGAGAAACACGGUCCGGCCUUCAACAUCCGGCUAGGCACUCGUCGUGCAUUCGUGGUCAGCAGUUGGGAAGUGGCGAAAGAGUGCUUCACCAUCAACGACAAGGCGCUGGCCUCGCGCCCUACAACCGUGGCAGCCAAGCACAUGGGCUACAACUACGCAGUCUUUGGUUUCGCACCUUAUAGCCCUUUUUGGCGCGAAAUGAGGAAGAUCGCCACGUUAGAACUCCUCUCUAACCGCCGUCUAGAGAUGUUGAAGCAAGUGAGGAUUUCAGAGGUUGAAGUAGGGAUUAGAGAGCUCUACAAGUCGUGUGAAGUUGUAGUUGAGUUGAGUCGUUGGUUAGAAGAUUUAACUCUUAACAUGGUGGUGAGAAUGGUGGCUGGAAAGCGUUAUUUCGGUGCACCGGGUAGCGAUGAUCAGAGCGGAGAUGAAGCAAGACGGUGUCAUAAGGCAAUAAGUGAGUUCUUUCGUUUGAUUGGGAUAUUUGUUGUUUCGGAUGCGGUGCCAUUUUUAUGGUGGUUGGAUUUGAAUGGCCAUGAGAAGGCAAUGAAGAAAACGGCUAAGGAAUUGGAUACAAUACUUGAAGGGUGGGUUGAGGAGCAUCGUAAGAAGAGGGCUUCUCUUAGUAAGGCCACCAAGGAAGAAGAAGAGGAGGAUUUCAUUGAUGUUAUGCUCUCUCUUCAAGACCAAGGAGCCUUAUCAAAUUUUCAGUAUGAUCCCUCUACCAGUAUCAAGUCUACCUGUCUGGCACUUAUACUAGGAGGGGGCGACACGACAGCAGGGACUAUAACAUGGGCAAUCUCAUUACUCCUCAACAAUCCUCAAGUUUUGAAAAAAGUACAAGAAGAGCUAGACCUCCACGUAGGUAGGGAUAGACAAGUUGAUGAUUCCGACAUUAAAAACCUCGUCUACCUUCAAGCCAUUGUAAAAGAAACCCUCCGUCUAUACCCAGCUGGGCCCCUCCUUGGCCCCAGAGAAGCCUUGGAAGACUGCACCGUAGCAGGUUACCAUGUUCCAGCUGGCACGCGCUUAGUGGUUAAUGUGUGGAAGAUUCAAAGAGACCCAAGAGUCUGGUCAAACCCUGAGAAAUUUGAACCUGAAAGGUUUCUCACAAGCCAUGCACAUGUGGACAUGAGAGGCCAACAAUUUGAACUCAUUCCAUUCGGGUCGGGUCGUCGGUCUUGCCCUGGCGCAUCUUUUGCAAUCCAAGUGCUCCACCUUACACUCGCCCGUUUACUUCAAGGGUUUGAGUUCAAAAACUCGGUUGAUGGGCCUAUUGACAUGAGUGAAAGCCCGGGUUUGACUAUUCCUAAGGCAACCCCACUAGAGGUUCUUUUGACACCUCGUCUCUCUUCUGAGGUCUAUGGACUUUAGUAAUUGAGCAUUGCAAUUUGGUAGUGCUCAAUACCACAUUCACUAGGCAUCUUAUAAUUAGUUAACGGUUUCCUAUAUUAUUUAUUAAAUUGAAAUGUGUGGAACCUCAUAUUAAUAUACACCAACAACGAUG